GCAUGUACACGUGAAGUACAAAAAUGAAUCGGAAUCUUUUUUUAAUUGCUUCAAGAACGUUUCUUCCAAGGAGAAACUUUUAUCGCCAGUUUUGUGGAAAUUUCCAUUAUACAAAUGUGCCGACAAUACAACGUACAUGUACUUGUAACAAUCGUCUCAGACCUGUUACUUCUGUUGAAUGUUCACGAAAUUUCUUCUCAAGGAGAUGGAUGUCAUCAGACAGCGGAGACUCAAAAACACCCUUAGGACAAUUAAAGCAGUUAAUGGCAAUACAGUUUACGUGUAAAGUGUGUGAUAGAAGGACUACUAAAACAUUUUCUAGAACUGCUUACACUAGAGGCGUUGUUAUCAUCAAGUGUGAGGGAUGUAAAAACAAUCAUCUCAUCGCGGACAAUAUUGGUUGGUUCAAGCACGUCAAAGGAAGAAAUAUAGAGGAAAUCUUGGCAGAAAAAGGAGAGGAGGUCAAAAGAUAUUUGGAAGAUGGAUCUUUAGAAAUUGAAAUGGACGACAAAAGUGAUUUGACUGCUAAAGAUAAAACGUAAAACAUCUUAAACUAUUCUUUGUUCUUUGGGUAUUUGUUUCAUGCCUUGGUCUUUGAAAUUUGUUGGGCAUGUAUAUUUUAAGGUCAUCAUUUUUCUUCUAAACAAGAAUGCAUUUCAGUCACAAAAAAGAGUAAAUUUUCACUUAGUUUUGAUGUAGCUGAGUACGUUUUGAAGUAUGGUCAUAUUAGUAAGAAUUUCUGAUUAUUAAUGACAUGACAAAUAUAAUUAAUUUAUAAAUAAUUUUUAGCUUCUUUGUAUCCCCAAAAUUACUUCGAAAUAAGUCGAUGAACUGUAGCCGGAUACUCUAAUAUUACAUUUUACAUUUCCUUAUGUUGUUCUGAUGAGUAUUUUGCUAAACCUUUGACCAGAAAAUAUAGGUUAUCAGGAAAUCAUACGAUUUCUUGUUAUUUCCUGAUAACACGCAACAUAUAACGAUAAUUGAUUUGAAGAUGUUUAUUCGUUUCAUCUUUUCUUUUUUUUAAUGUGACAUAUUGAAGGAAUUGUGACCGAUAUCAUGUCGCCAAGAAUAAUUAUGUGAAAAAGUGUUAAUGUUAAGAUUUCCUUAAUGAAAAAUUAUUGAAGAUUUUGAAUGGUCCAGAAAGUAUGAUCGAUUAAGUGAAGAUUUCGUGUAAUCUAGCUACCUUACAAAACGGGAAACACGACUUUUUGUGUAUCAUGAAGGAAAAACAAUGAAUUAAGUUGGAAUUCUUGACGCCUAAAAAAAGAACUGAAUUUGCAACAAAUCACUUCUUAUCAUGUGUGUGACCAAGUGUUGCCAAUGUAUAACGAUAGCUGCCAUAUUUAUGUUUGUUUGUUUCUUUCGGCAGUUGUUUAUUUGUAAAUCUAAUAAAAUGUACAUCACUUAUAAA